CAAGUUUAUCAGCAUUACACCUCUCUCGUUCAGGUCUUCGCAGUUAUAGCACGUACUAUUUACGUUUAUCCGCCAAGAGCAUGUGAACACUGAACAAGUUAACAUCACAAUUGGAUAAUAAAUUAUUACUUAGAAAUGGAAUGUGCUUGUAACAGCCAAAUAGUAGAAUAAUAUCUUGACUGCCAACGAAAUUGUUAAUUUGGAAAUAACUUUAAGGACAGAAAGAUAAGAAAACCAGUCAAUUUCACAUCAUGACCAUAGGAUUACAUACCCCAACGCUUGGUAACUGCUUAUCAAGCAUGGAUAAAGUAAAACGCCAGUGUCACUAUAGAAACCUAUCUACAAUUAUCGAGAAUAAUUCGAAAAGACAAAGUUGAUAAUCAGUGAUAGACGUCAAUGGUCACUCUGCAACUAACGUUUAAGCAAUUAUCAGGAAGCCAUUGUCAGCAGAGGCAAUAUGAAAAUUAAUUAUGAGUUCUAUUUUGAUUCUUGUAUUCCAGUGCGAUGAGAGGGUUUCUAUAUCAACACUGAUAUGUACAUUAAAAGAAAAACGACGAAUAUUUUUAUUAGAAUAAUUAAAUUAAAAAGUAUUGAAGUAAAAAGAAACAUAUACAGAGCGUCGCUAACGAGAGUCGGGAUUAAAUAAAAUUGGAGAUAAACCAAUAUUUUUUUCUUUGUUUGAAUUGGAAGGUAUUUCGCCUAUGCUGUAAAAAGAACAAAUUAUGUUCCGAUAAUGUAAGCAUAUUCUUAAAAUGUGAUUUAAAAUUUAAACAUGUUUAUCACCGUCUGAGAAAUUGCAAUAUUUUAUGGAUUUAUUUCAUAAAUGUGAAUUUAUUGUUUUAAUAAACGACAUCUACUGAUAGUGAAUUUGAUCAGAAAACAUUGAUGGGGGAAAACUAAAUUUAUUCUGACACGCUACUAUGAAUAUAGUACGUAGGAAAACGAGGAUUUUUGUAUUGACAUUUUACAAUGAACAUAGUAUGUGAAAGAACCUGGACACCAUAUUUUGACACUACGUGUAGAAACGUCACUAUGAAUACAACAGAAAAUUUAACGCCAUAUAAAAGUGAAACAUUGCAGUCUUUGAGUAUUGCUUAUAGCAGUCUUCAUGGCUACAUCAGUUUGGCAAUCUGUGCUGUUGGAAUACCGCUCAAUAUCAUUAACAUUGUAGUUUUAACGAGGAAAAAUAUGCAAACGCCUAUCAAUUGUUUAUUAACGUGGUUGGCUGUAGCAGAUAUGGCCACAAUGAUAUCAUAUGUACCCUUCUCCUACCAUUUCUAUUGCGACUUCUCGGCAAAUAAAAUAUCAUCAGAAAAGAACAGUUGGAUAUGGAUGCAUUUUCUUCUAAUUUACUUAAAUUUUUCCAGCACUGCUCACACAAUCGCAAUAUGGCUUGCAGUGGCCUUAGCUAUAAUGCGCCAUCAUCACAUCCAUUCUCCGGCAAAAGGAAGUAUUACACGCAUGCGUCGUUUGAUACGUGCUAGACUGGUUGUAUGUAUAAUUGCCUUCUCAUCUGUGAUACUGCUUAUUCCCAAUUAUUUGAGUCACAGUCUUGAAGAAGUCAGAUUUCGUGACAACACAACUGGAUAUCUGUUCGAGGACUGGGAAAUAAAUUCAGGACAUGCUGAACCAAUGAGAUUGGUGUCUUUGGUGAUAUACGGUACGUUUGCGAAGAUAUUACCCUGUGUGUUGAUUAUCAUAUUUGGUGCACUGUUAUUACGGACACUGAAUAAAACACGAGUGAAUCGUCGCCAUUUGUCAGAAAAUGGUGUGACCAUAAGUGCCCACACGCAUGUUGACCCGACGAGGACUACAAGCAUGCUUCUUGUAGUAAUUGUCCUUUUUCUGAUCACAGAGUUACCACAAGGUAUACUGCUUAUGUGCUGUUUAUUCCUGCAAAACUUCUUUGAGAACAUUUACAUUCCACUUGGUGACGUAAUGGAUAUUUUAGCUCUUAUAAAUAACAGUAUUAACUUUGUGCUGUAUUGCACAAUGAGUUCCGAAUUCCGGCGUACAUUCGUUGCCUUAUUUUGCUCAUUUUCAACUUCGAACGAAAGGCGGAAACCGUACAUAACUUCGCAUUACCAUGGCGACCAUUUGCUUGUCACGCUCAACAGUGCGGAAAAUACAGGGUGAUAUAUAACAUGUACUGUCAUGUAUUCUACAGUAAGUUUCACACUUACUUGACAUUUUAGAUGAUUGGUCUAAUGACAUGCACACAAGCGGAACGAUUUUGCAUAGAAGGCAAAUAAAAGUUGUGAUAUAUUGACAUGUCUGGCGAAUUUUUAAUACUGCCAGAAUUUAAUUAUUUAUAGUUUCUAUGUAAAUGAAUAAAUGUUACAGUCUAAUGUAAUUAUGGUAUGGCAAGAGAGGGGCAAACUACACAAAGUCUGAUGAAAAAAGAAAAUUAUCAGGCUAAGCUGUGAAAAGUGAUAUUCAUUUCCAUGUGUAUGCGUGUUACAAAUUUCAUUUUGUCUUUUGAUUUAUUUAGUGUCUAAGUUGCAACAAUCAGUUUAUUUUAUGCAGUUCCGGAGAACUAUCGAAUUUUGUGAAAUAUAAAUGUGAUUAUGAUUUGCAUAAGUUGUGUUUUUACAAAUACUGAACAAUUUUACAAACUUUGUCCUUUUGAAAUUACUUAUUAUAUAUAGAGGGACAAUUAUUGAAAUGAAUUGAAUUUUGCACACAUGCUAACUCUUCAUCAGUUGCAAGUAUGAACCUCUUUGUUGCUGAGAUUUCUAAAGGUAUUUCUAAGUAUUACUAGGUGUUAAAAAGAUUUCUGCAUGAUAAAUGUAAUAAAGUGGUCUUUUUUAACCUUUACCUAGAAUUAAUUGAUGUAAGAUGACAACAUUUCACGACGAAUAUCAGCAUAGUAAAUGCUUUGAUAUUUGUAUAACCUAAGUUAAACAAGUUUUAUUCUGAUAUGUUUUUUUUUCAGUGAGUAUUUUAAAUUGGAUGAACCAUUAUGAUUUUUAAACAAUAUAUAUUAGUUUUGAAAAAAAAAUCAUGGUUAUCAGAUACAUAUUAUGUUCAUGUUUUUUGCUGUAUUCUGAUUUCAAGUGUUUUGUUAUACAUUGUUUGAAAUGUUACGUCAGUCAUGUGAUGAUCUUGUUAAA